AUGUCCGUAAAAAUAAGUAGAAUUCCUGAAAAUAUAGACUUCCCAAGAGAAGAAGAAAAGAUUUUAAAGUUUUGGAAAGAUAUUGAUGCAUUUCAGAAUUGCUUGAAGCAAUCUAAAAAUAAGCCCAGGUAUUCAUUUUACGAUGGACCACCUUUUGCUACUGGGUUACCUCAUUAUGGACAUAUAUUGGCUGGCACUAUCAAAGAUGUAGUGACUAGAUAUGCCCAUCAAAAGGGAUAUCAUGUGGAAAGAAGAUUUGGCUGGGAUUGUCAUGGUUUGCCUGUUGAGUUCGAAAUUGAUAAAACAUUGGGUAUCAAAGGACCUGAAGAUGUGGAGAAAAUGGGUAUAGAAAAUUACAAUGCUGAAUGUCGGAAAAUAGUAAUGAAAUAUGCAACUGAAUGGGAAACCAUUAUUACCCGAAUGGGGAGAUGGAUUGAUUUCAAAAACGACUACAAAACUCUUUAUCCAUGGUUUAUGGAAUCUAUUUGGUGGGUGUUUAAAGAAUUGUAUAACAAAGGUUUAGUCUAUCAAGGAGUUAAAGUCAUGCCAUACUCCACAGCCUGCUCAACUCCACUCUCCAAUUUUGAAUCCGGUCAAAAUUAUAAGGAUGUUGUAGAUCCAGCAGUAGUUGUCACUUUUCCUACUGAUAAAGGUUUCUCGUUACUUGCUUGGACUACUACACCUUGGACACUUCCUAGUAAUCUAGCUCUUUGUGUUAAUCCAAAGCUGAUAUACUUAAAAGUUCAAGAAAAGUCAACUGGGAACACUUAUGUUCUUCAAGAAACAAGGUUUCCUGUUAUUUUUAAAAAUAUAGAGGACUUUGCAAUUCUCGAGAAGUUCCCGGGAAGUAGUUUAGCAGGAAUUAAAUACACGCCGAUUUUCGAUUAUUUUGUCGAAAAGUGCCCUAAAGCUUAUAAGGUGCUAACUGAUGGAUAUGUUACAGAUGAUUCAGGAACAGGUGUUGUACAUCAGGCGCCAUAUUUUGGUGAAGAUGACUUUAGAGUUUGUUUGGCUGCUGGUAUUAUCACCAGAGAUCAGGAUAUAAUUUGCCCAGUUGAUGCUAGCGGUAGAUUUACAGAACCUGUUAAAGACUUUGUAGGACAAUAUGUGAAAGAUGCAGAUAAAAACAUAAUAGCAAAUUUAAAGGCGCGUAACAGGUUGGUGCAGGUGGGCCAAGUUAAGCAUAGUUAUCCAUUUUGCUGGCGAUCAGAAACACCUCUAAUAUAUAAAGCAGUACCGUCAUGGUUUGUAAGAGUUGAACAAAUGAGCCAAGACCUUCUGAAAUCAAGCGAAGCUACGUACUGGGUGCCCGAAUAUGUAAAAGAAAAAAGAUUUGGAAAUUGGCUUAAAGAAGCUCGUGAUUGGGCAAUAAGUCGCAAUAGGUAUUGGGGUACUCCAAUUCCUUUGUGGAUUUCAAGUGACAAACAAGAAGUAGUUUGUGUCGGUAGCAUUGCGGAACUUUCUGCUUUAACUGGAAAAGAAGUAACCGAUUUACACAGAGAAAGUAUUGAUCACUUGGAAAUUCCAUCUUCACGGCCUGGUCAGCCACCACUUAAAAGAGUAUCUGAAGUGUUUGAUUGUUGGUUUGAAUCAGGUUCUAUGCCUUAUGCUCAGUGCCAUUAUCCCUUUGAAAAUAAGAAAGAAUUUGAAGAAAUAUUCCCAGCUAAUUUCAUUGCUGAAGGUAUAGACCAGACUAGGGGUUGGUUUUACACACUCAUUGUUCUAUCGACUGCUUUAUUCAACAAACCGCCGUUCCAAAACUUAAUCGCUAAUGGUUUAAUCCUGGCAUCUGAUGGUCAAAAAAUGUCUAAGCGAAAAAAGAACUAUCCCGAUCCUCUUGAAGUUGUGGGUAAAUAUGGUGCAGAUGCAUUACGUUUGUACUUAGUGAAUUCUCCAGUAGUAAAAGCUGAGAAUUUGAGAUUUAAAGAAGAAGGUGUUAGGGAUGUUAUAAAGGAUGUUUUCUUGCCCUGGUAUAAUGCUUUUAGAUUCUUGAUGCAAAAUGUGGAAAGAAUUGUGCAGGAAGAUAAUAUUGACUAUAAAUUCAACGAGAAUCCAGUAAGGGAAAAUGUCAUGGACAAAUGGAUUACAUCCUUUACACAAUCAUUGAUUCAAUUUGUAAAGAAAGAAAUGGCCGCCUAUCGGUUAUAUACUGUAGUUCCGAGGCUAACAAAAUUUAUCGAUCAAUUAACAAACUGGUAUGUGAGAAUGAACCGUAGAAGGCUAAAGGGUGAAAAUGGUGUAAAAGAUUGUAAAGUUGCAUUAGAUACGUUGUAUGGCGUUUUGUUUGACAUGAUUCGUGUAAUGGCGCCUUUCACACCUUUCCUAACAGAAUUGAUGUACAAGACCUUGCGACAACUUUUACCAGGCGAUUCUUUAGAGAGUGUGCAUUUUAACAUGAUACCCGAACCAAAAAAUAAUUUGGUGGAUACAAACAUUGAAAGAGCCGUUCAAAGAAUGCAAUCGGUAAUUGAAUUAGGUAGAGUUCUAAGAGAUAGAAAAACCAUACCAAUAAAAUAUCCAUUGCCAGAAAUGAUUGUUAUACACCGCGACGAAACUUAUUUAAAUGAUGUUAAUUCAUUACUAACAUAUGUUUUAGAAGAAAUGAAUGUAAAGAAAGUACAACUUACGAGUGACAAAGAAAAGUAUGGCAUAACACUUAGAGUAGAACCAGAUCACAAAAUACUUGGAGCCCGUUUAAAAGGUGAUUUUAAAGCUGUUACUCAAGCUUUAAAGAACCUUAACAACGAACAAUGUGAAAAAUUAAUAGAAGAUGGAUAUGUUGAACUAAUAGGGCAAAGAAUUGACGUGUCUGAAGUGAGGGUUAUAUUCCAAGCUACAGGAAACGAUCAGUAUGAAGCACACAGCGACAACGAUGUUUUAAUCUUAUUGAAUGUCACACCUGAUCAAGAUAUGCUUGAUGAAGGUUUCGCUAGGGAAAUUAUUAACAGAGUGCAAAAACUUAGAAAGAAAGCACAUUUAGUUCCCACUGAUGAGGUAGAUGUCUUCUUUUCGACAACAAAAACGGGAGAUAUUCUUCGCAUUAUUAAUUUGCACCGAGAACUUAUUGAAACUACCGUGAAAGCACCUUUGAAACCUAUUGAAGCGCUCCCAGAGUCGAAGCCGGUUGUGAUUCAAGAAGUACAAGAACUAAAAGGCACAGAGUUAAAAUUGGUUAUCACCUGGAGAAAACAUGUAGAAAUGCCGGCAAACCCUUGGGCAAAUGUUAUUCUUCAAAAUUUGGCCCCUCGCUUUGGUGCUACAACUAGUCAAGCUAGCAUCAUUCUUACUGAUAAGGAUAAUAAAUUUUUAUCUGUGGAUAAUCUUUAUGAAGAAAUUAGAGUCCUGUUUGGUCUGUAUGGAAUUAAGUUUACACUUUGGUGUAAUGGCACCGAGAUUAAAGAUACUACCAAAUUAAACGCGAAAACUAUAAUCGUUUCGCCAAUAAAACCAAAAGAAAUUGAAAACACAACUAGUCCUUUUUGUAAGUUUAUUAAUUUUUCAGAUGGAACUAAAGUUGCAACUUUAUUCAUUGAAAAUCCCCAGGGAACAGUAACAUUGAACAAGGAGCAGGCUUUGAAAUUUGUGGCAGAUUACUUCGGUCUUCAGGUUAAAGACAUUGAUAACGAAGCAUUAAAAUGA